GUCGCCGGGCUACCGCCACGCUCUCAAUGGCGCCCGGAAGGGGGCGGGGUGGCGACCGCAGUCGCUUUGGCUGAGGUACUGCGGUGAAGGAAGAGGGGCAGCGUGCGUCAUCAGACGGCGCCAGAGACCCUGGGUUUGAAGUGGGAAGUGAGGUGUGGGAAGUUUGUCGCUUUCUGAUGAAUUCAUUGGCUGUGGAAUUUGGACCCGAGGGGAAUCUGGCCCUCGGAGGAUUGUACUUGCAUCUUAAGUCCCCUUCUGAAAAGGACUGACAGUUCGACAGAUUUGUCUGUCACGCGGGCACAUUCUGAGCGCAGGAGAUUGAAUUAGUUCCCGAUAAUGGGAAGAACCUACAUUGUAGAAGAGACUGUUGGCCAGUAUCUUUCAAACAUAAAUCUUCAAGGAAAGGCUUUUGUCUCAGGUCUUUUAAUUGGACAGUGUUCUUCACAAAAGGAUUAUAUCAUUCUUGCCACUAGAACGCCACCCAAAGAGGAACAAAAUGAGAACCUCAAACAUCAACAAAAUGCUAAGUUGGAGAACUUGGAUGAAGAAUGGGCCACAGAACAUGCCAACCAGGUGUCCAGAAUGCUACCAGGGGGACUUUUAGUUCUUGGAGUAUUUAUCAUUACAACUUUAGAAAUGGGAAAUGAUUUUCAAAAUGCCCUGCGUAGACUAGUAUUUGCUAUGGAAAAAUCUAUCAAUAAAAGGAGAUUAUGGAAUUUCACAGAAGAGGAGAUCUCAGAACGAGUGACACUUCACAUUUGUUCUUCCACAAAAAAAAUAUUUUGUCGAACUUAUGAUAUCCAUGAUCCAAAGAGUUCAGCAAAACCAGCAGAUUGGAAGUAUCAAAAUGGACUAUCAACUUCAUGGCUUUCAUUAGAGUGUAUAGUUCAUAUUAAUAUUCACAUCCCGCUGUCUACCACUUCUGUCAGCUAUACUCUGGAGAAAAAUACAAAGAAUGGACUUGCACGCUGGGCUAAGCAAAUAGAAAAUGGUGUUUAUUUGAUUAAUGGACAAGUUAAAGAUGAAGAUGGUGAUCUGUUAGAAGGACAGAAAAAAUCUAGAGGAAAUGUUCAAGCAACUAGUCAUUCUUUUGAUGUUAAAGUGCUCACACAGUUGCUUCUGAAUUCAGACCACAGAUCCACAGCCACAGUCCAGAUCUGCAGCGGCUCUGUAAACCUUAAGGGUGCUGUGAAAUGCAGAGCCUAUAUCCAUAGCAAUAAACCCAAGGUUAAAGAUGCUGUGCAGGCAAUGAAGAGAGAUAUAUUGAAUACAGUUGCAGAUCGUUGUGAAAUGCUAUUUGAAGAUCUGCUUUUGAAUGAAAUACCAGAAAAAAAAGAUUCUGAAAAAGAGUUUCAUAUCCUCCCUCACCGAGUUUUUGUCCCCAUUCCGGGAUCCACUGUAAUGUUAUGUGAUUAUAAAUUUGGUGAUGAGUCAGCCGAAGAAAUGAGAGACCAUUUUAUAGAGAUGUUAGAUCAUAUGAUUCAAAUAGAAGAUUUGGAAAUUGCAGAGGAAAUAAACACAGCUUGUAUGAGUUACUCUGUGAAUACCGAAGCUUCAUUGGACAACACAGAUGAUGAACAACCAAAACAACCAAUUAAAGCUACAAUAAUAUUGAAAAUUCAGCAAAACAUAGGUGUGAUUGCAGCAGUUGCAGUUGCAGUCCUUGCUGCGGGUAUCUCCUUUCAUUACUUCAGUGAUUAGGGUGAGACACAGCUUCCUGAUCUACCAGAGAACACUGAGCAACCAUUACGAAUAAUAAAGAUUGCAAACAGUUCAUCUGCAUUUAAGACCAGAGCAGCUACCUCUGCUGCCAUAAUGCCUAUUAGGUUUCUGACUAAAAUGAAAUCACCAGCUGCCUUGUUUAGCCCUGCUUAUAUUAUAGAUGGCUCAGGCUUCCAAAAAUAAAGUCAUGCAUAUAGAUAGAAGUUGCAUGUAACAAAUCCUUAUUAUCUAUUUUUAAAAAUGUUCAAAAUGGUGGUUUAUUUUCGUAGAUUUUAGUCCUGUUGAUCGGGAUCACAUACUGAUCAGGAUAUUAAAAAUGUGAAUAGUCAGGGUUGACUGAAUAUCUUAGUCAUAGAAUAAAUGAAAUUUCUACCAAGUGGGGCAACAACCUGUUGGGUAAGUUCAGACUCUAGGACUUUUCUGAUGUAUACUCGGUUCCAAAAGACUGAUCAAGUUCUAGCCAAAGGGUAGGAAACCUUUCCAGAAAGGUUUGAAUUAUUAAGGAUUACCAUAAAUCAUGCGUUUUCUCAGAUUAGAAUAUCUUACCUGUUUUAAUAUAUUUAACGAGACCUUACUUCUAACAGUGCAUUAUACUAGGUACUGCAGAACAACAAAAUCCUAAAUAAAAUCUAUUUUUGAAUGCAUUAAUUAGGUCAAAGAAAGUAGGGAAAGUUUCUGAGAAUCAUACCUCUAUUUUUACUCACCCACAAAGAAGAACGAACGCAUUUUGAGUUGGGAAUUCUGAAUACUAUUUUAAGCAUGCAAGUGGACAGUGGUUGGUCAGAUGGCCAAUACGAAUUGCAGUACAUUCAUAUGCCGGUUGCCUUGGACUAGAAACAAGGAGAUGAAUCUGAAUCUGAGAUGCUCUCCUAGCCAAGACAGUUGAAGUGGCUACUUAGUUUAUAGUAUCCUAUAACUCCUGGCAGAAGCAAGAUAUAGGCUCAAGAUUUCCAUGGCUUAAGAUAAAGCAAUAUUAUGACUAGACUAGAGAUAACCAGGUGCAAAGUGAAACUAGCAUGAGAAAGAACCUAUAGAAAUAAUAAACUUUGAAUUCAGUUCUCUAAAGUCUCAUCACUGACAUCGAUGAAAGAUGGAAUGAGAGGCAAAUCUAAAAAACAACUGCUAAAAAAGAAAAAUAAGUUACUUGAAAUU